UGCACUUGCAGCCAAAUCGUUACCGUACGAAUGCCAUAAAAACGUUUUGAACCGGGUGGAAUUGGUGAAAAUAGUCGCUUCUUUGUAUUUGUCGCGUUGAUAUUGAUUAAAAGAGACUUUAGUUUGUUCCACCUUGUCCAAGUAUUCAUUCUGUGACGCUCUCCUCUGAGCCAUUUCUAGAAACAUAACUAGAAAAGCGAAUUUUGCGAUAAGUAAUCCCUGCUAGUAUAAGUUUUCGUGAGCAUAAAGCAUGAAAUCAAAAGAAGAAGAGGAAGAGUAUGAUCUCUCUAUGUCUAUGGUAGACGAACCAAGCUAUACAGACCUUGCAGACGAUUCUACUUUAGAACCCCUAACCAAGCAAGUAAGCCCUGGAACGAAGUUGCGGAUGAAUGUCGGCAACUGGUUUAAGAAUGGCAUGGCGAUGCUGGGGAAUUUUUUAUCUCUCAGCUUUUUCCUUGUUAUUAUAGUCUUGGUCGGAAUUGCAUUUGAUGUUGGUGGAAAGUUUUGUGGACUGGUUUUGACACUCGCUCUGGAAGCGUAUUUUUGUUCUGUUGCUUUGUUAAAGCUUUUUGGACUUCGAAAAAUUGCCGUCAUUCUUCAUUUUCUUGAACCCUUACUCGUACUUCAGCUAUUAAUUAUUGUCCUUAAUAUUUCACCCAGUCUUGAACAAAACAAAAUUGCAAACUAUGUCAUUCAUGCUUGGAAUAUGAUACUUUUACACUGCACUCCUCUUUUCAAUUUGUUAGAAGGCUUUGCAUCUUUGCUUGCCAUACAAGCUCUUGGUCAUUUAGGUCGCUGGCUUGUACAUUACAAGUCCGAAAACUGGAUGUUUUUCAUUCUCCUUAACGCUAGUAGCGUUAUCUCGAUGAGUUUAUAUUUACUGUACCGCGUUUCCUCAUUCACGAUAUCAAAUCCUAAUGCAGUCAUGAUUGGUUUUUCUUUGGCUGCUGUUACGGUAGUUUCCAUUUAUGGUGUCUCUUCGGGAAGAGCUAGUCUUUCUGAGGCUUCUCUAAUGUUUUCGUACAUUGCUUACACUGUAUAUAUGGUUUGCACUGAUUUUGGAAAUCCAACUACAAUUUCAACGCAAAAACCAAACUUUGACUACCUACCACCGGACGUGUUACAGAGUGUUCAUCAUCUACUUUCUUCUAUCUCUGCUAUUUUUCCAAAGACCCUUUCAAACAUUGCUUCCUUUAUGGUUGCAGCCAUUAGGACAGUUGCACCUAGCGUGUUUGCUACGUUCGCCUAUCGCAUAACAGUUAUGUAUGCAGUGACUCGAAUCCUUCCAGCUAUACAGCAGAAUAUAGUCUAUCUUGAAUAUAGUCGAACAACAAAGCAGAGCUUAUGGACGGUUAUCUCACCUUGUAUAUUGAUCGCUGUCUAUACAAAUUUACUCCUUCAGCAUCUGUAUCCUACGCCUUCUUUUGGUUCCCUUACCAACCAGAUUCUUUGUUCAGCAGAGAUAUGGCGAUGGGUCAGUGCGAUAUUGACCAUUAUUUUAUACGCUGUUGAAUUAGCAUACAGCAAAGAGAGUAAUACGGGACAAGCUCUUGCAAGUCAUUUUAAGCUGGACUAAUUAUGCUGCAAAAGCCAUUCAAUACCAAUAUUUAUCUUCUCACGCUCGUUUCUCUGUUCUUUUCCCCUAAUAUAGAUACUUUAGUUUUUACCUUAGUUCUACUUUUAUUAAUUUAAUUUUAGCAGUCGAAUUUUUAUCAUUGAUAUA